AUGCUAGAAAGGCCUGGGUGCCUAAAUGGCGUUAUUGGUGACGUCAAGUCCACUCUCGCCGUUCUUGAGCUUCUGGCGGCUGAGCCAGAACUACGUCAGAACCAUGUCAACAAGGCAGCCCAUCGGGUGGCAAAGAGCGGCCGGGAUCUUUACAGUCUGAUCGAAAACUUGAAGGACAAGUCCCAGAAUGGUGGUGGGUUCCACAAGUUCAUGGAUCAGCUCCGACACGGGCCUGGAGAGCAACAGAAGCUUGAAACGUCACGAAGAGAGCUGGGUGAAUCCAAGACGACGUUGAUCCUCGCUUUGCAAAUGGCACAGGUUGGGUUGAUCAAAUUGAUGGGCAAGGGCGAUAUCAUUGUCAAUGUUGAGGUUGUCACCAAGGUCGACCAGCGCGUCCAAAGUUGCCCAGGCCUGGAGGAGGGGUUGCGCCUUGCGAAGUUGCUUCCACAUCGUGCAUGGGAGGAUGAAAAGGGAAAGUUGCAUCUUACCGACCACGACCUUGCAGAUUUGCAGAAACCACCACCUUAUUACAAGCUUGCUCCCCUGACUCCAGGUCAGACUCGAAGUGUGGUGCAGUGGAACCAUGUCGAAGGCUCUACUUUCUUCGGGGGCGAUUUAGGCAGAGACGGCGGGGAUGAGACAUCAAUCCACCAUCGUGACGAGCUCAUCGUCUCGAACAAUGUGGUCAAGAACGGUGGCUUGUUUUUUGGGGGUGGGACAUCAGCACAAAACUUGGUUUUUGUUAACAGACACAUGAAACUGCCAGGCACAGAUGUUUGA